UGGGGAAAAAUUAUUGAUCCCAAACUCGAGGCAUAAUCCUAGGAAGGAUGAACAUUUGUACCGCACAGAAAACGACGAUAUCGUCAUCGCCUUUGGUGAUACAUUUCGGGAGCUCUUUCUGCUUGGUGUAGUGCGAAAUCGGGUGUGCGUGGAUUUUCUCAUUGCGUCGAAGAGGUCACACCAAAAACUCGUCAAAAUCCCCCAAAUAUUGAGGAAACGAGCGAGGAGAGGACGAAAGUGGUGGUAGUGGCUCAAGCAUUGAUUUUCUUCGAUUCGGGGAAGGUUUUAAGGUUCAUUUUGUGUGUUGUUUUGCCGAGCUCAGCAGUCCGAAUGGAAUUGGUUUCUUGACUCGGGUAUGAUUCAGUGCGACCAGCUGCUGCUGUUUUCCACUUGACACACGUUCAAGCCUUUUUCGAUAUUCUGGGCUGCAAUCAUCGUCAGCUGUGUGUUCGAUUUUUUUUUCUUGGUUCUGCUGAUUCAUAGGAGUUUCGCUCUUCUCCCACAAGCAGCUGGCACUUCCUGCUGGGUCUUGUUGUGUACAGCAGCAACAUAAUAAUUACAUAAGUGCAUAGAGAGGUGCAUGUUAGUUGCCCAGCCCAUAACAAAGAAAAAUCGCAACGGAAAGUGUUCGAAAACAAAGCGCCCGAAAGCGAAAGCAUAACCAUAAUACGUAGGAAAAAUGGCAAACAUUUCCUCGUGCUCACCACCUCAAAUAAUAAACAUAAGUAGGUAGAUUGUGCGGAUACGAUCUGCAUCAGCAGCAGCAGAGCAGCGAGAUUGUUGGCUGUGGUGAAUCGAACAAAAACCAACAACAACAACAAAGCCAAGCAAAAACCAAAAAAAAAGUCGUCGAGAAACAAAACACACCGUUGAAUUUCAUUGAAAACCCCUGUAACGUAACAGGCACGAAAACGUCUAAUCACAGUACGAACCACCUCGGGGGUAACGAAGCCGAAGGCAGCAAAGGGCAGAGCGUGUCACUUCGGCUUCGUUCGGUGGAGGGAUCGACGACCAGAGGCAGCAGUUACGGCGGCGGCAGCAGCAGCAACACCAGCGGCACUAGCAGCAACAGCGGCAGCAAGCGCCCUCCAAGCAUGGCGUCCAGUUGUUGUGGAACGAAGAAGCAGAAGCUCAACGGCAACUACGCGAACGCCAACGGGCACUGCAGUGGCGGUGGCUCCAACGGGAAAGGCCCAAUGACCAACGGUCACAGCAAUGGGUAUCUAACCAAUGGGCACGCGGUGGACGGUGGCGAUGGCAACCAGUCGGCCAUCGGCUCCAUGUCGGAGAUGUGCUUCUACUGCUUCGAGGUGCUGUACCGGGAGCUGAACCAGAUGGAGGAACCUCGUACGCCGUCCUUCACCAAUGAUCCUUACCCAUUGUUUGUCACUUGGAAAAUCGGGAAGGACCGGCGUUUGCGCGGGUGUAUCGGAACGUUCAGCGCUAUGCGUCUUCACUCAGGUCUUCGAGAAUACGCAAUAACAAGUGCUUUAAAGGAUUCGCGCUUCUCCCCCAUCACGCGAGACGAGAUCCAAAGACUGACCGUGUCGGUGUCGAUCCUGCAGGGCUUCGAGGAGGCUCGGGGCUAUCUGGACUGGACGCUUGGCGUGCACGGCAUUCGGAUAGAGUUCUACAACGAACGUGGCUCAAAACGAACCGCCACCUAUCUGCCACAGGUGGCCACCGAGCAAGGUUGGGACCAAACGCAAACGAUCGACUCGCUGCUGCGUAAGGGUGGCUACAAGGCUUCCAUCACGCCAGAGACGCGCCGUUCGCUCAAGUUGACUCGUUACACGUCACAGGAGUGCCACAUGACGUACGGCGAGUACCGUGACCUGCUGGAAAGACAAUCGCAAUACAACCAGCCUGGUAGAGUACAAUGCUAA